UCCCCUUAACCGUAGCGCCGCUGCGGAAGAAGGUAAAGGGAGACAGGGGCGGGGCUGGGCUAGGAAGCGGAAGUCCUCGCGGUGGGUCCAGGACCCGUGCUUCCCGGACCCGCACGUGUGUGAGUUGCUAUGAUGGAAGUCAAAGGGAAAAAAAAAUUCACAGGAAAAGGUACAAAGACGUCACAAGAAAAAAACAGAUUUCAUAAAAACAAUGGUUCUGGUUCUUCAAAGACAUUCCCCCAAAAAGUUGUUAAGGAAGGUGAACCUAAAAUCACAUCUAAGAACUUUGAGAAGAGUGCCACAAAACCUGGGAAAAAAGGUGUGAAGCAGUUCAAGAACAAGCAGCAAGGGGAUAAAAUACCAAAGAACAAAUUCCAGCAGGGAAAUAAAUUCAACAGGAAGAGAAAAAUCCAGCCAGACAGUAAAAAUGAUGGUUCAGCAGCCAAGAAACCCAAAUGGGAUGAGUUCAAAAAGAAGAAGAAAGAACUGAAGCAGAGCAGGCAACUCAGUGAUAAAGCCAACUAUGACAUUGUUGUUCGGGCAAAGCAGAUCUGGGAGAUCCUAAGAAGAAAAGAUUGCAACAAAGAAAAAAGAGUAAAGUUAAUGAGUGAUUUGCAGAAGUUGAUUCAAGGGAAAAUUAAAACUAUUGCGUUUGCACAUGAUUCAACUCGUGUGAUCCAAUGUUACAUUCAGUACGGCACUGAAGAGCAGAGAAAACAGGCUUUUGAAGAACUGAGAGGUGAUUUGGUUGAAUUAAGUAAAGCUAAAUAUUCCAGAAAUAUUGUUAAGAAGUUUCUCAUGUAUGGGAAUAAAGCACAGAUUGCAGAGAUAAUGAGAAGUUUUAAGGGCCAUGUAAGGAAGAUGCUGCGACACGCAGAAGCCUCAGCCAUCGUGGAGUACGCCUACAAUGACAAGGCCAUCUUGGAGCAAAGGAACAUGCUGACGGAAGAGCUCUAUGGGAACACAUUUCAGCUUUACAAGUCAGCAGAUUGCCCAACUCUGGACAAAGUAUUAGAGGUACAGCCAGAAAAACUAGAGCUUAUCAUGGAUGAAAUGAAACAGAUUUUAACUCCAAUGGCCCAAAAAGAAGCUGUGAUUAAGCACUCACUGGUACAUAAAGUAUUCCUGGACUUUUUUACUCAUGCACCCCCAAAACUGAGAUCAGAAAUGAUUGAAGCUAUCCGAGAAGCAGUGAUAUACCUGGCACACACACACGAUGGUGCCAGAGUGGCCAUGCACUGCCUGUGGCAUGGCACACCCAAGGACAGGAAAGUGAUUGUGAAAACAAUGAAGACUUAUGUUGAAAAGGUAGCUAAUGGCCAAUACUCCCACUUGGUUUUACUGGCGGCAUUUGACUGUAUUGAUGAUACUAAGCUUGUGAAGCAGAUAAUCAUAUCAGAAAUUAUUAAUUCCUUGCCUAACAUAGUAAAUGACAAAUAUGGAAGGAAGGUCCUGUUGUAUUUACUAAGCCCCAGAGAUCCUGCACACACUGUCCGAGAGAUCAUUGAAGUUCUGCAGAAAGGAGAUGGUAAUGCACACAGUAAGAAAGAUACAGAGAUCCGCCGACGAGAGCUCUUAGAAUCCAUUUCUCCAGCUUUGUUAAGCUACCUGCAAGGACAUGCCCAAGAGGUGAUGCUUGAUAAGUCCGCAUGUGUGCUGGUGUCUGACAUCCUGGGCGCCGCCAUAGGGGAUGUGCAGCCCGCCAUGAAUGCCAUCGCCAGCUUGGCAGCAGCAGAACUGCAUCCCGGUGGCAAGGAUGGAGAGCUUCACAUUGCAGAACAUCCUGCAGGACAUCUAGUUCUGAAGUGGUUAAUAGAGCAAGAUAAAAAGAUGAAAGAAAGUGGAAGAGAAGGUUGUUUUGCAAAAACACUUGUAGAGCAUGUUGGUAUGAAGAACCUGAAGUCCUGGGCCAGUGUCAAUCGGGGAGCCAUUAUUCUUUCUAGCCUUCUCCAGAGUUCUGAUCAAGAAGUUGCUAAUGAAGUCAAAGCUGGACUGAAAAGCCUGAUUCCUACAUUGGAAAAAAACAAAAACACCAGCAAAGGAAUAGAAAUGCUACUUGAAAAACUGACUGCCUAAGUGGAAACAGUUAAGAACAAGUUGGAAUCAUUUUUCCUCUUCUGUUUUCCCAGCACAGGAAAGAAGGGCCAUCUUACUGGGAAUUUGGGUGCUCUGUAUAUGUGUUUCUUCUUUGUAUAAGAAUCUAUUUAUGAAAUGGUUUCUAAAAAUACCCUUUUUAAGAAAAAAAUCUCAGCCUUCUCCUUUUUUUUUCAUAUUGAAUAAGCAGAUCACAACGUGAAAGGUUUAACAGUCACAUACAGUGGGACCAACCAAAUGUAUAUAAAGUAGUUGCAUGCAUUGAUUCGGGGAGACGCCAUCUUCAUGGAACAGUAGUCUGUGAGGGCUUCAGAGGAAGGCAGCAUGUGGUAAAGAAGAGCCACAGGGGUCUUUGGUGGGAGCAGUGAGGUGGGGGUUACUGGUUUUGAACUGAGCUUCAGGAAGUCUUAGGGCUUGAUGGGAACAGGAACAGGGCUGUGUUCCCCAGCUGCCUUAUGGAUCAGGUUCUGUGUUAGAUUUUGUUUGAAACAAGCCAGUCCAGUAAGUUAAGAUUCAUGGGGGUAAUGUGCUAGAUGAAUUAGGGGAUCACACUGGGUAGCAGUGUUAAGGCCAAGGUCACCUGAGCAUGUUAUCUUUGGACCUGCGUCUUCCAAGUAAACAGCUCCUUGUAAUGAGAUUCUCUCUCUGGACUGUCCCUAAAGUAGCUGAGGCCUACAGGCUUUGAGUUAGAAGGAAGGAGAUGCAAAUUUGUUAAUACUAUAGAAGUUUGAAUUUAAGUGUAAAUUUGUUGAUGACCAUUGGUAGACCUGGGAAGGAGUCAGAGUCAGGCUUAUGUAGCCCUGCCUGUGAACACCUGACUGCUUCUGAAGCCUUGGCGCUUUCUCUCAGUAGCCUGCUGUAACAGGAAAGCCAUUGGGUCUGUCACUGCAGUCACACCUGAGGAGAAUGGCUGUGCCUUUCCUGACCAGACUGCAAGGUUGCAGGACUGCUCCCAUCACAGGAGCUACCAGUACAUCACCUCCUGCCCCCUCCUGCUGGGUGCAUUGACCGCUGGAGGAACAAAAGAGCACACACCUGUAAUUCACUUUUGGUGUAGAUUCUUUCCCUGCCACCACCUCUCCGCCCCCAGCCAGGUCUAAGGUUGGAGGGACAGUUGGUGGAGAUGGGAGUGGGGUGAGGAGAUAGUGGGCAGGAGACAACAUCAGAGCUUGCUUUUGUUUGACUAAUAUAUUGUGAGUUUGUUUUCCAUAUAAAGGAUCCAUUU